AAUUGGCUGGAUAGACGAAGAUUUGUGCAUUGUUUUUCUUGGUAAACUUUUUAGUGGGAUUGUUGAUAGGUAGGGCGACAAGGUUUAGAUGAUGCUGCUCAAUACAUCAAAACGCAGCUUGAUAUGAUGAAGGAGCGAGCUGGAUCUGAUUUUAGGAUUGAGAUUGAGGACACCACUGUCAAUGGUACCUUCAACAUGAUGUUUUUAGGUUAUAGCAUAUCUCUGGGAUAUAAAAACCAUAGAAACAUUAUCAUGAGGAUAUCAUCUGUAGGUUCACAAGACAAUGACCCAUCAGUUUUAGUGAAUGGCCAUUUUGAUAGUCCACUUGGUUCUCCAGGUGCUGGUGAUUGUGGUUCAUGUGUUGCAUCAAUGCUGGAAAUAGCAAGGCUUACUGUUGAUUCUGGGUGGGUUCCUUCUCGUCCAAUUAUAUUUUUAUUUAAUGGUGCAGAAGAACUUUUUAUGUUGGGUUCACAUGGCUUCAUGACAUCACAUAAAUGGCGUGACACAAUUGGAGCUUUUAUAAAUGUUGAGGCAUCUGGGACAAGAGGCCUAGAUUUAGUCUGCCAAUCUGGACCGGGGUCUUGGCCUUCGCUUGUUUACGCUCAAUCAGCUUUAUAUCCUAUGGCAAACAGUGCAGCUCAGGAUGUUUUUCCUGUUAUUCCUGGAGAUACAGACUACAGAAUUUUUGCUAAUGAUUACGGCAAGAUUCCUGGACUGGAUGUGAUAUUUCUCCUUGGUGGUUAUUUUUAUCAUACCUCCUUCGACACAGUGGAAAGACUAUUACCUGGCAGCAUCCAAGUCCGCGGGGAUAAUUUGUUCAGUGUAAUUAAAGCCUUCACCAACUCUUCUAAGCUACAAAAUGCCCUUGAACGAGAAUCUCUUGGAGUUGCAGCCAAUGAAUCCGAUAAUGAACGAGCUGUUUUCUUCGAUUACUUAGCAUGGUUCUUGAUAUUCUACACCAGAAAGCAAGCUGUGGUACUUCACAGCAUUCCUGUUGCCAUCUACCUAUUUAUGCCCUUCUUAUUGCGCUUAGCAAAUGAUGGGUUAUCUUGUUCGAUCGCAACAUUUUAUGACUUCAUUAAAGGAAUGUUGGUCCAUGCUACUGGGAUCAUUCUUGCAGCUCUUUUUCCAGUGAUCUGUGCUAUCUUGAGAUUGCUUGUCACUGGUCAUUCAAUGAACUGGUUUGCUCAUCCGUUCUUAGCUUUCAUGAUGUUCGUACCAUGCUCACUUGUUGGUCUACUGAUUCCAAGAAUUGUUUGGAGAUGUUUUCCUCUCUCUCAAGAUGUGUCUGUUCUUAAAGCAUCAAGAGAGGAACUAGCUGAUGAGGCAAGGUUUUGGGGAGCAUUUGGGUUUUAUGCUGUUUUGACUGCGGCUUAUCUUGUAGCUGGCUUGAGUGGAGGUUUCUUGACUUUUUCCUCGUCAGUUUUUAUGCUUCCUGCAUGGAUCUGCUUUUGCCUAUCACUAAAGUCUUUUGGUCGUCAAUCACUCAGGUCAAUAGCAUGUUAUGUUGUACCUCUAAUACCUUGCCUUGCCUAUUCCGUCUACUUUGGUGGGUUUAUUGCCCAAUUCUUAAUUGAGAAGAUGGGAAUGAUGGGUUCUCUGCCACCUCCUCAUGGUUAUUUUGUUCCUGACAUUGUAGUAGCAGCACUUACUGGAGUUGUAACUGGUUGGUGUGUGGGACCUCUUAUACCUGUUCUUGGCCAUUGGUUAGCCAGAUCAGCUAUCCUGCAAUUCUUGCUGCAACUUACAGUGAUUGCCAUGGCACUCUCAUCACGAUUCUUUCCAUAUAGCAUUGACGCACCUAAAAGAGUUGUUUUCCAGCAUACAGUUUUAACUACAGAUGCAAGUCACAUUGUGGACACCAAUUAUGAGUUUUCUGUUGUUGACUCCAAUUCUCUACUUUUUGUCUUCAAACAUGCGCCUGAAGUGGCAAAAGAAUUGCAAAUUGGUUCGGUGCUAUCUUUCGAAACAGCCAAUUUUUCUCACCAAGAAAAUUGGAUGGCAAUCUAUCCAGUAUCUUUCUUGUUCUCAAGAAGCUUGAAAUUUUCUGCAAAAAGCGAUGAGGUCUUGAAGGAAUAUAGAUAUUUCCCCCAUCUAUCAAGCUAUAAGCCACAAACGAUUUCUGGUAGUGGAUCUCGGAAGGUCUACUUGGAAUUAUCAUUAGGUUCUUUAAAGGAGGUUUGGGUUGCUGUCCUUAACAUUACUGGUCCUCUAUCUAAUUGGUCACUUGCAAACAAUGUUCUUCCAGCUCCUGAAAGAUUGAAUGGUGGUCCACCUUCAUAUAUGUGUAGACUUAGUGGAGCAAGCAAUGAUAACUGGACCUUCUGGUUGGAGGCAAACAGUACUGAAGCUUUAAGGAUUGAAGUUGCCGUAUUAGACCAACACUUGCUGGAAUCAACCAAGAAGUUGAGAGGCCUUUUCCCGGACUGGGUGGAUGUCACUGCUUAUUCAAGUUUCAUGUCUAGUUACGUCUUCUAGUCCCCUUCGAUUAUUCUCUGUUUGUAAAGACAAAAAAUUUUGAGCUGCCCUUUUUUUGCUCUGAAAGUAGUUUUGUAUCCAAUGAUUUAUAGUGUAAUCAAAGCAAAUGUAGGGAUUUUUUGUUUUUUUUUUUUUUUUAAAAUGUCAUUUCUUGAUACAUUUUUGGGCUGCAACCGAACAACGGGAUGGAGCUACAGAAGAAUGAUAGAUUAUUUUUGAGUCUUA